AUGUUCGGUCGCCUUUAUUGCGCUGCGAGGUACGGGUCGCGGGGCGGGCCGUAUGUCGGCUGCUGCCAGGAACCCAUCCUGGCGGCAGGGGCAGAGGCAGCCUCCCCCAGCGCUGCAGCAGGGGAGGGAGGGGCAGAGGCGGAGGAACCCGCGGGCCCCAGCACCCCUCCCCGUCCCAAAAGUGCAUUUUUUUACUACCUGGAAGCCUUCAAGGACCAAUGGAGGGCGGAGCACCCGCGCGCGACCCCUCAGGUCAAGACGCUCUCGCAGCUAGCUUCCGUCUCCUGGCGGGCCAUGACUGGCCGGGACCCCGAAACUCCCACCUGCUGA